AUCAUAAUUUCUUUAAAUCGCAUCGCACGUGUGACUAUUGAGAACAAUUUUUUAAUAAAAAUAAUAAAAUUAACAAAUUAAAGCAAAAAUGAGUAAGAAAAGUAAAGGUGGGAGUAAUUUAGGACGCACUCUAAUCAAGGAUCGCUUUGGCCAUACGCCCAGGAGGAAAGUGGACAAUGAUUCUAUGUUACACACAACAGAGAUACAGGAUGGCUAUGAUUGGGGACGUCUAAAUCUCAGUUCUGUUACCGAAGAAUCCUCAUUUCAAGAAUUUCUUCGAACUGCCGAAUUGGCCGGCACUGAAUUCCAAGCUGAGAAGUUGAAUAUACAAUUCAUCAAUCCCAAACAAGGUGUGGGACUUCUUUCGCGUAACGAGAGAUUGAAUAUUGAGAAAAAACACAAGGAUAACAAAGAUCUAUUGAAAAUUCCACGAAGACCCAAAUGGACACCGGAAACAUCUGCCGAGGACUUGCAAAAGGCCGAACGUGAUAGCUUCUUAGAUUGGAGACGUAAUUUGGCUUUGUUGCAGGAAGAUGAGGAUAUCAUUUUGACACCAUAUGAAAAAAAUUUGGAAUUCUGGCGUCAGUUGUGGCGUGUGGUUGAGAGAUCUGAUGUUAUAGUUCAAAUUGUAGAUGCCCGUAAUCCAUUGUUGUUUAGAAGUGAGGAUUUGGAAAAAUAUGUCAAGGAAGUCAAUCCACAAAAGAUGAAUAUGAUUUUGGUAAAUAAAUCUGAUUUGCUUACCGAUGAACAGCGAAAACACUGGGCAGAGUAUUUCGACCAGCAAGGCAUAAGAACGGCCUUUUUCUCGGCAGCCCUGGCUACAGAAGAGCUAAAGGAAGAAGCCAAAAACAAAGAAGAAAAACCAGCGAAAACAGAGAUUAAAGAGAGAAAAGCCCAGGAAAAAGAUAAUGAAAAUAAUGAGGAGGAAGAGGAAACUGGGAAAGAAAGUGCAAGUGAAGAAGAAGAGGAGGAAACUCCUGCCGAUUUAUCACUUAAGGAACUUAAAAAAGCUGCCUCUGAAAUCAAUGACACGCUGGAUAAACUUGAAGCCAAAUUGGAGAAAAUUGAGAAAAAAUUGCCUACACCGGAGGAAGAAAAAUCAAAUAAGCUUUUCAAGAAAAACAGUUCAAAACUGCUUACUCGUGAAGAACUAAUUGAGCUUUUCAAGAAUGUAUAUGAAGGCCCCACAUAUACUGAAAAAGUAACUACUAUUGGCUUAGUAGGUUAUCCUAAUGUGGGCAAAAGUAGUACAAUAAAUGCAUUGAUGACGGAGAAAAAAGUAUCAGUUUCUGCAACACCAGGAAAAACAAAACAUUUCCAAACAUUGUACUUGGAUAAGGAUUUGUUAUUGUGUGAUUGCCCUGGUUUGGUUAUGCCCAGUUUUGUUCUAACCAAAGCCGAUAUGAUUCUAAAUGGUAUUUUGCCUAUUGAUCAGAUGCGAGAUCAUGUCCCAGCAGUAAAUCUUUUGUGUUCGCGUAUACCACGUCACGUAUUAGAAGACAAAUAUGGUAUAAUAAUAGCCAAACCAAUGGAAGGUGAAGAUCCAAAUCGUUGCCCCCAUUCUGAAGAACUGUUGCUGGCAUAUGGCUACAAUCGAGGUUUUAUGACCUCCAAUGGACAACCCGAUCAGUCUAGAUCCGCCCGUUAUGUUUGCAAGGAUUAUGUCAAUGGUAAACUUUUGUAUUGUGUGGCACCUCCAACUGUCGAACAAUCAGUGUAUCACACCUUCCCGGAGCGAGUACGCAAAGAAGUUGAGGAAAAAUCCUUGCCGCAUCAACAACAAAGAGCAAUGAGAGUGAAAACAAACACAUCUUCAACUGAAUUGGAUAGCAAAUUUUUCUCUGGACAAAGCUCGGCUGCCCAUGUCAAAGGCCGAACAAAUUUUCCUCACAUACGUUUAGCCAACGAUGGCAGUUUAGUCGAAACAGAUCCAUCUGCCAAACCGUGGCGCAGUGUAAAAAAAGAGAGACGUGAAAAACUGCGUAAGAAAUUUGGCCACUUAGAUCAACAUUAAUCGAACUUUUUGUCUAGAUAUUGUUUUUAUUUAAAGUUUUGAUUGAUUUUUGAAUAUUUUUUGAUCCAAGCCAAUACAAUUUUAAGGGAAAUUGGUGUUAAGCUAAAAUUAACUUAAUGAAAAUGUACAUAAAUCAAGUAAUAAAUAUAAAAAAUAAAAAAGUAAA